AUGUGCAAGAGUUUGGCUUUGAAUGGCUUUCCUUCCUUUGCUGACAGGGGCAAAGUUGCGUUCAUCACUGGAGGUGGUUCUGGGAUUGGAUUCCGUGUAGCGGAAGUUUUCAUGAGGCAUGGCUGCAGUACAAUCAUUGCCAGCAGGAACUUGCAGAGAGUAACUGAGGCUGCCAAGAAACUAGAGACUGCCACUGGUCAGCGAUGCCUGCCUCUUUCUCUAGAUGUCCGGCAGCCCCAAACCAUCAUGGCAGCAGUAGAUGAGGCUCUGAAAGAGUUUGAGCGAAUUGACAUCCUCGUUAACAAUGCUGCUGGUAACUUCCUGUGCCCAGCCAGCGCUUUGUCCUUCAAUGCCUAUAAAACAGUGAUUGACAUUGACACCCUCGGCACCUUCAAUGUCUCCAAAGUGCUCUAUGAGAAAUGCUUGCGGGACCAUGGUGGGGCUAUUGUUAACAUCACAGCAACCUUGAGCUACAGAGGUCAGGCUCUCCAGGUGCAUGCUGGGACGGCCAAGGCAGCUAUAGAUGCAAUGACCAGGCACCUGGCAGUGGAGUGGGGGCCCAACAACAUCCGGGUCAACAGCCUGGCUCCAGGCCCCAUUGCAGGCACGGAGGGAUACCGGCGGCUCGGUGGUGCUCGUGCAGAAGCCGGCAGCUACUUCACUACAGUGCCCCUGCAGAGGGCUGGGAAUAAGACCGAGAUUGCCCACAGCGUGCUGUUCUUGGCGAGCCCCUUGGCUUCCUAUGUGACUGGAACAACCCUGGUGGUGGAUGGGGGCAGCUGGCUGACCUCCCCUAACAACUUCCCCGGGCUGUUGGAUCAUUGGGCCAUGGAAGCGAAGAAAGGCGAAUGAUGGACAACCGGGGACUAACAGGACACUGAGCAAACACUACAGGCACAGGGUCAGAGGUGACAGCCAUGACCUCUGUCCAUCAGCUGUUGGGAUGGCCUUGCCCAGGACAGAAGUGAAAAUGGCCAAGUUGAAGAUUCAGUGCAUGUCUUGGUGGGGGAGGCUACUGGAGUCUUGUCCAGAGGGGAGCUGGGCCUAUGUUUGCUCCUGAUUUUACAUAUUGAAGCCGGUCUGUGUGGGGCAGGCAGGUUUUUGGAGUUGUGCUCCCCUUCACUUCGCUGUUUUCAUUCCUGUUACACCAAGCCUGUUACGUGUCUGCUGAGUUGUCUUGAGAGCAGCCCUGCCACCCCUCUGUUCCAAUUCCCAGUAGAUUCUUCUCAGCUUUAACCUGUAUACUGUCAAUAUCUCUCCACCUCCCUGGCAGGUAAGUUCAUCUGAGCGACGUUCUCUGUAGACGGGUGUUCCAGGCAGCCAGAGGGUUAUGCAGCAUGUCGCCCUUCCCUGUUGCCGACUCAGUUCACUCCCAUUCCAGCAGGAUCUGUUCCGGAAACUUACUGCCAGCUUGCAGAUGGAUCUCUCUGUGGUGCAUGCCACCGGGGCCAACCCUGAAUUUCCAUUCCUUUCCUGCUCCUAGAUGGGCUAGUGAGCACAGACAGGAAUCAAUAUUUCCAGCACUAAACAUCACCUACAGCAAGUUGCAGAUGGCCACUACCCACUGAAAGAAGCACACACCUUGUUGCCGCUUGGGAGCCAGAACACCAGAAUUUCAUAGAAUCAUAGGACUGGAAGGGACCUCAAGAGGUCAUCGAGUCCAGCCCCCCGCCCUCAAGGCAGGACCAAGCUCCGUCUACAGUUUGAGUUGUGGGUCAGCACCCAAGGAAAAUGGAAGCUUUUGAAGGAGAGGCCCAGGUGAGGUUUCUUUGCUUGCCUGUUGUGGGUCUUUGGCAGCAGCCCAUGUGCCCCUGUAAUACAUCAGCACUUCUGGGUGCUGAUCUAGCAAUGGGCUGCAUCCCGCAGAAUGUUCAGCUCUAAAACGUACCAUUUCUUCUCUGGUCACCCCAAAUCUUCCCUAAUGUCCAGAAUCAGAGGCAAGUUUGAAGCCAGUAUAUCCAUGUAUCUCCUGCAGCUGAUCCCGUCUCCAGUAGCUUUAUGCCCAGAUCCAAAAAGCAAGUUAGGCUCUGAACUUCCACAGAAAUCAACAGAAGUUGGGAACCUAAAUACCUUUAUGUUCCUACGCCCUGAUCCCCUUGUGCCUCAGUUUCUCUGGAAAAUGGGGAGCAAUGGGAGUAGGCUACCUCUCUGGGGUAGUGUGAGGUUUACAACCAGCCUGUAAAGAACUUUAAAGAAGAAAUCAUCUGAGUCAGGAGUGGGCAGUAAGCAAACUGCGGGCUGGGUGCACCCUACUGAAUUGUCCAGCCCAUGGGCUACUUAUGGCCCACCCUUGAUCUAAGUGCUGAGUGCUACCGUUCUCCUAGGCUUGGGUCCCAGCUUCUCAAGUUUCCGCCUGAUACAGCAGAUGUGCAGUGGGCUGGUGUACUGUAUGGAAUGCUAGGAACUGGAGGGGUGAAAUGUCCAGAAUUGAUGUUGCGCGUUUGUGUUGCUGUUCUCUUUGACUUGGCAUCAGCUAGCAGGAUUCUGAGGCCCUGAAGUCAGACCAGCUUGUGGUGCACUCAGAUCCUUACCAAAACUGGUCGUACGAGCCUUUAUUGCUGCCGACUGGUGUAUAUGGAAAGCCAGCCUUGCCGCCUGUGGUUCUGAGAGGCAGAACCUGGUCCACACUGGGCAGGGGAGUCUUGCUGGCAUUGUCUUUGGUAAAGGACUGAACAGAGCUAGGGAACUUUCUCCCUAACAUUUGUGCCGAUUUGAUCAGACGCCACUCUCUGCCAUGGAACAGCUGUUUUGCAGCGUUCAGAGGCUCUGGGGGGAAGGGGUGAAGUAAGGAUGUGGCAAGUUCAGGGGAGGGGAUGAAAAAGGGGUGGAGGCUUGAGAGGCGGGGUGGAAGGAGGGGGAGCAGGGCCUG